AUGGGUCUGGGUAUGCUAUGGGGAAACUUCUAUUAUGUUUAUAUGGCUCGAAAACUAGCUUUCAAAGAACAACGUGGAGAUAUCUUUAUUGGUUUGCUAAUAUGUGCCGAUACAUUAGCUAUUAUUUCUCGUCGUCAUUAUCCAGCCUUUCUGCUUGGUCUAAUGCCAGUAGUUGCCGACUGGGCUCAUAGCACUAUCGUCGCAAGUGUCUCCGCUGGUUAUUCGAAUUUCACUGUAGCCAAUGUUCGAUUCUCGCCCAAUGUGACUUCCAUGAUUUCAACCUUCUCUUAUCAAGGUUUGGUUAACUUCUCAGGUGGUUCACUGUUGUUAUGCAUUGUUAUGACGGCUAUUUUAAUCUAUGCAAUCGACCGAAAAUUUAUUCAAGCAGCCGUAUGGUCAGUUAUUGCAGCUGUACUCUCUCUUUUUGGAGUAAUUCAUGCUAGCUCCGUGGGUUUAUUGAUUAAGCCUACCGAUGAUGGAUGGAGAUUCACAGUAGCUUAUUCUAUGAUGACAGUUAUAUUUGGAAUCUUUCAUUUAGCACAACGAAAAAACUGGAUCAAAGCCGCAGCAGAAGAAUCCAAUGACCUUUCACGUAGUGUAUGA